UGAAUGCACCACACAAUUGCUUAUUGCGCAUGCGCAGAAACCAUAAGACCGGGUAGACCGCUUGCAAAGUUAUUAUACUAACCAAAACUACUACCUUAACUGUUCGAUAUCAUCUUUCUUAACAGUCUCCGGUGUGUAGCUGUUUGAUAAUCGGCUAAAUUGCUUUCGAAAGGUGAAUACGUUAAUUUGAAGAUGCCCAGCAAACAAACUAGCUAUAGUACAAUGUUGUAGCUAGCUAGUUAGCUAGCUAAGAAGCUAGAUAACGCUUGCGUUUAGUUGAAAAGAAAACAGCAGACGUAGGUAGUUGUCUCAAAGGUUUUCACCAAACAUAAUCUACCGGACACUGACGAGAGAUGGAGGCGCCACCAGUCUCAGUAAUGCCAGUCACGGGCGGCACAAUCAACAUGAUGGAAUACCUGCUGCAAGGUAGUGUCUUGGAUCAGGCCCUUGAGAGCCUAUUGCACCGCCUCCGUGGCCUUUGCGACAAUAUGGAGCCUGAGUUGUUCGCCGACCACGAGCUGGUCUAUCUCCUGAAGGGCCAGCAGGGCAACCCGUUCCUGCUGCGCGCCCGCCGCUCCCUCUCACACCCCACGGCACCCUGGCACCUGCGCUACCUGGGCCAGCCCGAGGUGGGAGACAAGUCCCGUCAUGCUCUGGUGCGCAACUGUGUGGACGUGGCCGCCUCGCACAGCCUCCCCGACUUCCUUAACGAGAUGGGCUUCCGCAUGGACCACGAGUUUGUAGCCAAGGGUCACAUUUUCCGGCGAGGCGCGCUGAAAGUGGUGGUGAGUAAACUGUCCCGCGUCCUCGUCCCCGGGAACACCGACAACACCGAGCCCCUGUCGCUCUCAUCCCUCGUGGAGCUCAGCGUGUUGGCCCCUGCUGGCCAGGAUACCAUGUCAGAGGAAAUGCGCAGCUUCGCAGAGCAGCUCAAGCCCCUUGUUCACCUAGAGAAGAUUGACCCCAAGAGACACAUGUGAAAAAAGAAAAAGGGGUGCGUUUGGAUGAGCCGCCCCAUCGGCUGUAAUGGACUAACUGUGGAUUUGUCUUCUGUUUUGUUUUACGUGGGACUGUUUCUGUGAUUGUUACAAGGGAACACUUUCUCUGAGCUGUCUGCACAGUUUUUUUUCGUUGCUGUGGAUGGAUUUACUUUCGGAGAGGGUGUUGAAUUAGGGGGGAAAUUGGUUUCUAUUUCAUUUACUGACUGCCAUCCCCCUUUUGGUUUUGUUAUGAGGGAAACCAAUUGUGGUUUGUUUUGUGUUUAAGUUGUUUCAAGAAAUGCUGAAAGCUAAAGUGUUUAUUAAACUGGAUUUUUCUCA